AUGGGCUGCGCCCUGCACGUUUCUGCAGCCUGCACGCGAGCAAUGCUUCAGGAGGCCACUUCGGGAUACCUUGCAGCGCUGACUGCCGGGAAGCCAACUUUUCCCGCUUUAGCAGAAAGCAGCGUCCCCUACCAAGAGAACGACGUGUUGAUGGAUAUUUCAAAAGGUGUCCUAUCCCAAGGAAUCACUAUUGCCUUCAACCGCAGUAUCUUCGACACGACCCAAUGCGCUUCCUACACGGAGGUAGUGGCAACCGCAAAGCAUGCAUACGUCAUCGGUACACGCCUGGCCUUUACUGAAGACAAGGUUACCAAGAUCGAAUCAGUCGUUUGUGAUGACGGCGACUGGCUCUUCAAUGCGAGCGGUUCGUUGACUUACAACAAGCGCGAGAUCUGGGACGUUAUUCCUGAGGGUAAACGGAAUACGCGAGAAGUCAUUAAGGCCGCUGGCGACGCCUACAUUGAUGCAUGGGGAGAUUCGAACGUUGAGCCCCCGUUCAGUACGCAAUGCGCGAGGCUCGAGGGUGGCUCGUACAUCAGUAGCAGCUGCAAACUCAACUUCCCGCCACCGUUCAAUGUUACGAACCGUCGAUACACCAUCGAUGAGGAGCUUGGUGCUGUGGAUAUCUUCCAUAACUUUCCAUUCCUAGACAAUGCCAUUCCGAAGGAUCCCGGAACGCAAACCAAUAAUUUGCUCCGCGUGGAGGCAGGUCAGAUUCAUUAUAUCCACGAGAAUACCGUCUGUUCAACGAAAGGAUGUGCAAGAUAG